AUGGCUACGGCAGCGAUAUUCUCAUCUCUACGACGGAGAAGAUCACCGUCCUUAGAAGCCUUCUUAUCCCCCGUUGACCUCUCCGGCCUCCCUCUCAUCCAAACCCUCUCCUCAAUCUCCAAAGAAGUCAUCUCUUCCUUCAGCACCACACGAUUCACCUUCCAACGCAGAAACGCUCGCUCUCUAAUCCGUAAGAUCGAGAUCUUCCUUAUAUUAUUCGAAUCCCUAACCGAAUCACCUUGGACCUCCUCUUCUUCUUCUUCGUCUUCUACAGCUUUACUGUGUCUCAAGGAGCUUUACCUCCUCCUCUACAGAUCCAAGAUCCUCCUCGAUUACUGCGCACAUUCGAGCAAGUUAUGGCUGAUCCUCCAAACUCCAUCGAUCUCCGGAUACUUCCACGAUCUCAACCAAGAGAUCUCCACUCUCCUCGACGUCUUCCCGUUAAACGAUCUCAACAACCACCUCACGGAAGACGUCAGAGAACAAAUCGAAUUACUCCGAAUCCAAUCGAGGAGGUCGAGAUUGUACAUCGACGAAAACGACGAGUCGUUACGCGUCGCGUUCUAUAAGUUUCUCAACGGAUUCGAAAACGGAGAGAUACCUAACAAACUUUCUUUAAAAACGUUCUUCGUAGAGAAAUUAGGGAUUAAAGAUUCGAAAUCUUGCGGGAACGAAAUCGAGUUUUUAGAGGAACAGAUUGUGAACCACGACGGGGAUGUAGAGCCUACAGGCUCUGUUAUCAACGGGUUUGUAGCCAUCACGAGAUACUGUAGAUUCUUGUUGUUUGGAUUCGAAGAAGAGUGGAGGAUCAAGAAGAACAAAAAACCUACCAAAGGAGAAGGAUUCAUAACGGUUCCGAAGGAUUUCGUUUGUCCAAUCUCUCUAGAUUUGAUGACUGAUCCUGUGAUUAUAUCCACAGGGCAGACUUAUGAUCGUACCUCUAUAGCUAGGUGGAUAGAAGAAGGGCACUGUACAUGUCCCAAGACGGGGCAAAUGCUCGUAGACUCUCGUAUCGUGCCUAACAAAGCUUUGAGGAAUCUGAUAGUGCAGUGGUGUGGAGCGAGUGGGGUGUCUUGUGAGUCUGAGUUUGUUGUUACAGAUUCGUCGACUACAAACGAGGGGUUUGUGUCGGGUCUUCCGACAAAAGCUGCGGUUGAGGCGAAUAAAGCUACUGUUUCGAUACUUAUUGAGUAUCUAGCGGGUGGGUCUGAAGCGGCUCAGACUGUUGCGGCGAGGGAGAUUCGUUUGCUGGCGAAGACGGGGAAGGAGAAUCGGGAGUUUAUUGCGGAGGCGGGGGCGAUACCGCAUUUGCGGAGGCUUCUUAAGUCGGAGAAUGGUGUCGCGCAGGAGAAUUCUGUGACGGCGAUGCUUAACUUGUCGAUAUAUGAGAAGAACAAGGGUAGGAUCAUGGAGGAGGAGGAUUGUUUGGAGUGUAUAGUGAGCGUUCUUGUCUCGGGUCUCACUGUGGAGGCGCAGGAGAACGCGGCGGCCACGUUGUUUAGUCUCUCUGCUGUGCAUGAGUAUAAGAAACGGAUAGCGAUGGCUGAUCAGUGCGUUGAGGCAUUAGCGUCUCUGCUUCAGAACGGAACACCGAGAGGGAAGAAAGACGCGGUGACGGCGUUGUAUAACUUAUCGACACAUCCUGAUAACUGCAGUAGGAUGAUCGAAGGUGGAGGAGUGACGAGUCUCGUUGGAGCUCUCAAGAACGAAGGUGUGGCAGAGGAGGCGGCAGGAGCUUUGGCUUUGUUGGUGAGACAGUCUCUUGGAGCUGAGGCUAUAGGGAAAGAGGAGUCCGCUGUGACGGGGCUCAUGGGGAUGAUGAGAUGCGGAACGCCUAGAGGGAAAGAAAACGCGGUGGCUGCUUUGCUUGAACUAUGUAGAAGAGGUGGAGCGGCUGUGGCGGAGAGAGUGUUGAGAGCACCUGCGAUUGCGGGAGUGCUGCAAACGCUUUUGUUUACUGGGACGAAGCGGGCUAGAAGGAAAGCAGCUUCGCUUGCUCGGGUUUUCCAUAGGCGUGAGCUUGCGGCUAUGAGGUCGUCAGAUGGUUUUGGGGUUGUAGGGGAUGUGAAUGGGAAUAGAGACGACGGCAGUUUUACGACGGAUGUCUCUGUUCCGAUGUCAAUAUCCAUCUCCGUACCUGUUUUGUGAUCUAUUAUGUUUAGUAGGUAAAAGGUUACAGAAAAAAGAAAAUCUCAAGAGGGAAAACGUUCUCUUUUGGCGGUGGUUUGGUGGUGUUUGUCAAUAUUAUAAUACAUUUAUUGGUUGGGAGGUAUAACACAAAAUAAAAUUUAAGAAAAAAUAUGUAUGUUUGUCUUCCAGGGAAACAUAAUUGAGAGAACAACAAGAGUUUAGUGUAAUACUUUUAUGUGUAUUGUAUUUGUUAUGUGAGCUAUAAGACCUAUUGCAUUGUGAUGGUAACUGAUAAGGAAGGGAAUUUCGUUUUUCUUACUUUUAAUUAUUUGAAAUAUUAAAAAAAACAAAUAGAAGAUAAGAUUUGCUUGCAAGGUAAAGAAAC